ACCCAUCUCUUCCUUCCCCACUCCCCUCCCCACUUCACCCCCUAAUCCCCUGACUGAAAAUGCCAACCCCGCCUGCAAGCAAGGCAUCCAGCCUCCAAAGUUUCCCCACCAAACCCCGCGUUUUCAUCCUCUCGGAUAUUUCGAACGAGCCCGACGAUGCAGAGUCUUUGUGCAGAUAUCUGCUGUAUGCGAAUCAGUUUGAGACUGAGGGAUUGGUCGCGUGUACGAGUACGUGGAUGAGGAAUAGAGUAUGUCCGCAGGAUAUGGAGAAGAUCAUUGAUGCGUAUGCGGGCACGGUUGAGAAUUUGAAUACCCAUGUGCAUCCUAAUUGGAAGUAUCCCAGUGCGGAGCAUUUGAAAGGCUUGGUGAGAAAGGGUGCUGAGACCUACGGCAUGACCGCCGUCGGUGACGACAUCCCGCUCUCCCCGGGCGGCGAACUCCUCCUCCAAAAAAUAAUCGCCCCCUCACGCCAACCUCUCUGGGUCCUCUGCUGGGGCGGCACUAACGUCCUCGCUUCCGUCCUCCUCCAAAUCGACCACAAAUACUCCCCCGAAGACUCCCAACGCCUGCUAUCCCGCCUGCGCGUCUAUGCCAUUUCAGACCAAGAUGACACCGGCGCCUGGAUCCGCAGCAACUUCCCCGACAUUUUCUAUAUCAGUUCCGUGCACGGCUGGAACCAAUAUGGCAUGGCCGCCUGGACCGGGAUAUCCGGUGACAAGUAUUACGGCUUCGACCACGGCGGCCCGGAUUUCACGAAAAUGGAGAAAGACUGGAUAAAAGAGAAUAUUCAGAUCGGGCCCCUGGGAAGUGUGUAUCCAGACUACCUCUUCAUCCCCGAAGGCGACACACCCACAUUCCUCUACCUUAUCCAAAACGGCCUCGGCAUCUCCGAGUUCCCCGAGUAUGGCUCUUGGGGAGGUCGAUAUGUCAAAACUGACAUCAGCUCCGAUGGCUUGGGCAGCAAUCACUACAGUGAUGCGGUGGAUAGGGUAAUAGGGAAGGAUGGGAGGUUACAUGUGAGUAAUCAUGCGACAAUUUGGCGCUGGCGGGACGCGUUUCAGAACGACUUCGCAGCGAGGAUAAAAUGGAGUAUGCAGAGUGCGUUUGAGGGCGCAAAUCAUCAUCCGGUCAUUUGUAUCAACGAUGCCACGGGUGUUCAGCCGGUGAAGAUUGAAGCGGAGGCGGGAAGUAGCGUUACGUUGGAUGCAAGAAAAACGUAUGACCCGGACGAAGGCGACAAGCUGUCAUUCAAGUGGCACCAUUAUCGCGAUCCCAGCGCCACUCAAUGGUGGGUUGAGGCCGAGGUGGCGGAACUGGGGAUUAAGAAUUUGGAUGAUGAGGGCAGGAUGGUUGAAGUCACCCUACCGCCACCGGAGAAGUGUGCGGUGGACCAAAUAAGUAAGAAGCCGAUUGAGAAGGGCCAGCUUCUGCAUCUGAUACUGGAAGUUACGGAUGAUGGGGUCCCGUCGUUGACGAGCUAUCGGAGGAUUUUGAUACAGGCGAUGAAUAAGAAGUUGCUUGGGGGGGAGGAGAAGGGAAGGGAAGCAAUAGCGGAGGUUAUGAAGAGUGAGUGACGGGGUGGGGUUUUUGCGACUGUGGGCUGGAAGACUUUCGGAGCUUGUAAUGGGUAUCAUUUUUCAACGGUUGGGGUGAAGAACGUAGGUUGAUGCGUAUGCGGGGCAAGGAAUUGCUGUAGGUCUAGAUAUCCUUUCUUGUAAGAGCCUGG